AUGGAAGAAGCCAAGGAGACGCUGCGCAGGAGGGGGCUGGGCGAGCCCGCGCCGUCCUUCCGGCUGAGGAGCCCCAGCCUCAACGUGCUCCGGCUCCGGCGGAUCUUCGACCUGUUCGACCAGAACGGCGACGGAGUGAUAACAGCGGCGGAGCUGAGGCAAGUCCUCCGCCGGCUCGGCCUGGAAGAAGACGCCAGCGACCUCAACUCCGCCGUAGAAGCCUUCCUCAGGCCCGGCCAUGCCGGGCUCGAGUUCGGGGACUUCGAGGACCUCCACCGGAGCCUGGGGAACCUCCUCUUCGGGGAUCUCGACGGCGGCGCCGUCGCUGCGGCGGCGGCGGAGGAGGAGGAGGACAUGGCGGAGGCGUUCAAGGUGUUCGACGAGGACGGCGACGGGUUCAUCUCCGCCGUGGAGCUUCUCUCUGUGUUGAGGAAGCUGGGUCUCGCCGAGGGAGGGAACCUCGCCGCCGCCCGGGAGAUGAUCCGCUCCGUUGACGCCAACCACGACGGCCUGGUUGACUUCUCCGAAUUCAGGCAGAUGAUGAGGAAAAUCCCCUCGAGCAGCCUCUGA